AUGGGGUGCCUCGCCUCGAAGCACGUUGUCUCCGUGAACCCAGCGCUCGACCAUGGCGGCGCCGCCAGGGAGGAAAGGGUCGGCGGGUUCUUCUCCUCCUCCUCCUCUCGGGUCAGCCGGGCGGCGCUCGGCAAUCAGGAGAAGAAGAAAACGGGAGGGUCGGAGCCGAAUCAAGAAGAGACCGGGAAGGCAAGCUCGAAUGACAGGAGCUCGACUAGCUUCCGCCUCUCGAACCUGCACAGGUACUUGGAAGGGGAGCAGGUCGCCGCCGGCUGGCCCGCCUGGCUCAGUGCGGUAGCAGGAGAGGCAAUCCAGGGUUGGGUGCCCCUCAAAGCUGAUUCUUACGAGACACUGGAGAAGGUAAACUCUCUUUACCCGGGAUUUCAAACCCCUCAUUGAACUGCGUUCAUAUCAUAAACUCAGACUAAAAUGAGGUGUUCUUUCAUUUUCUGGUGAUCGAUCAGCUUGAGGGUUGAUCACCGACAAUUUGAUAUCAGAUUUUAUUUCUGAUUUUGGCUUGUCAACGCUUCGAUUAAUGCACACUGAUUCCAAAGUCGACAACAUAUUGCCCUUUACAAACCUUCCAUCUUUUUCUUUCCUUCUUUAGUGUAUUUCAUAUUCUUCACAGAACCACCAAUAGAUUUUUCUUUGUAUUCUUCUUAUUUCUGGUUUUGGUGGAUCGAAAACCUUGUUCACAACAUGUACUGAUACAUCUCAUUGCUCUGUGGAUUGCCUCCGUAGAUUGGGCAGGGCACUUAUAGCAGCGUAUUCCGGGCUCGCGAGAUAGACACCGGGAAGUUUUUUGCCCUGAAGAAGGUCCGCUUCGACAACUACGAGCCGGAGAGCGUGAGGUUCAUGGCGCGAGAGAUCCAGAUUCUCCGGAGAUUAAACCACCCGAACAUCGUGAAACUGGAGGGCUUGGUCACCUCUCGAUUGUCCUGCAGCAUAUAUCUUGUGUUCGAGUACAUGGAUCAUGAUCUUGCAGGGCUCUUGUCCUCCCCCGACAUCCAAUUCAGCGAACCACAGGUUUUUUUCUGUUUUUUUUUUUUUUUGGCGGGGGAACCCGUUCUUGGGAAAUCUUCUUACUUCUGUUUGAUGAUCUUGCAGGUGAAGUGCUACAUGCAACAGCUGCUGUCUGGGCUGGAACACUGCCACUCGCUUGGCAUGAUGCAUCGGGACAUCAAGUGUUCCAAUCUUCUGGUCAACAACGAAGGCAUUCUGAAGAUUGCGGAUUUCGGGCUGGCGAAUUUCGCCAGGUAUGAGCGGAAGCACCCGUUGACCAGCCGUGUGGUGACUCUGUGGUACCGCCCGCCGGAGCUUCUCUUGGGGUCAACGGACUACGGACCGUCCAUCGAUAUGUGGAGCGUUGGGUGCGUGCUCGCAGAGCUGCUUCUGGGGAAACCCAUCCUGCAGGGAAGAACAGAGGUGAGAACAUCUCCAAUCAUCCUCUUUGCCGUCACUGAAAAUCACUUCUGCUUCAUGCGGGUGCUUCUACCGUGGAAAUUAAACUCGUUUCUCCCAAGGGUCUUAUAAGCUCAUGUCAUGAAUUGAUUGCUCGGUGGGAAUCCAAACCUGGGACGUAUGUUGAGGAUCACCCAAAAGGUUAGCUGACUUAUUCAUAGAUGCACAUAAAGAAAACACCAAAAAAGAUGAGCUUGUAGAAGAGAGGAUGGGCAUCAAAGAACCUACAUCAGAUGGCCUAAUAACCUUGAGAUGUUGAUGUGAAGCAUUGAUGGUUCAGUUUCAACGUAGUCCUUGUAUCCCCAAGUGACGAUGGCCCUGGUUAAUGAGACACCAUCUUAUAGAAUAUAAUAUAAUAUAUGUGCAUAUCUAUCUUUAUGCCGCCCCAAGUUAUAGUCGAAGGAUGACCCCUCCGAGGUACAGAUAAUCCAGCUAUACUGUGCAAGACUGAGUAAGAAUGGCUAUUGUUGCCCACAGGUUGAGCAGCUGCAUAAAAUCUUUAAGCUCUGUGGUUCACCCUCUGCCGAAUAUUGGAAAAAGUCCAAGUUACCGCACGCUACAAUCUUCAAGCCCCAUCAUCCUUAUGAAAGUUGUCUUCGGGAUAAAUGCGAAGGGCUACCUGAAAGCACUCUGGACCUGAUAGAAAAUCUUCUCUCUAUUGAGCCUAACAAACGUUUCAGUGCUUCCUCUGCUCUUCAGUCCGAGGUAAACUCCCUCUCUGUCUGUCUGUCUGUCUUUCUCUCGUUAAGCAAAUGAAAACUUCCAUCCACAAAGUUAUCAGGAUCAACAUCACCAAAGCCUUCAUCAGAACAUACUAACGUUUUUCCUCACUCUUGGCCAGUAUUUUACCACAAUGCCUCACGCAUGCGAGCCAUUCAUGCUGCCGAGCUACCCACCUAAUAAGGAGAUUGAUGCCAAGAGUCGUGAGCAGUCACGCAGGUGGAGUUUUUAUCUUCACAAAUCCAAACUUUCCACGGUUCUCAUAUUUCGUACGGACUGGACUAAAAGCUAACUCCUUCGAAACACGAACCAAUACGCUUACUUUGGUUUUCCAUCCAUCUUGAAAGCUCUAGCUGUGCCUGAUAUCGCUUACUGCAAUGACAUCUCAGGAGGAGGAUGAGCGGGAGGGGACGCCGGCCAGAAGCAGAAAGCAGAGCAUCGAUGGCAUAUAAACCGCCACAGGAAGUCGACAGCCUUCGUAGACCCGCACCACGAGCAGAGGUAA